AUGCUGUCAGCACUCCAGCUGAUCAGGGCGGUGAUGCUCAUUGUAACCUGGCCAUGUGGGACCAUCCUGAACUCAUCCAUUAUAGCUGUCUAUCUCAGCGACUGGAAGAAGGGAGUGAAACUUGGGGAGUGCGAUCAGAUCUCUGUCAGUAUGGGGUGCACCAACCUGCUCUUGCAGUGCUUCGUAACGCUUGGAGUGGCCUUCAUCUCAUAUGGACUCCACCUGCCGUUUGCCUCAAAAGUCUCUCUUGCUGUCGGUGCUGUGCUCUGGUUUUCUGUUUUUCUCUCAUUUUGGCUCACAGCCGGUCUCUCCGUCUGCUACUGCCUGAGACUGGUCAAUCCGUUACCUAAAUGCUUUAUUCAUUUAAAAAGGAGACUCUCUCGCAUUGUUACCCCACUUCUUCUGUGGUCAGUGGCAAUUUCAUUUAUUAUUACCGUUCCAAUAAACGCCAUAGUAGGCAUGGCAACUGACCAGAAUAUAACAACAAAUGAUCAUUAUAUUAUUUCCAGUGUUAUUUUUAUGAUCCUUGAUGGUGCAUUUGGCAUUGGCUUUCCCACCCUUAUUACCUCUAUUUGCAUUCUACUUUCCCUGAUAUCGCUCCUGAGGCACAUCCGGAGAAUGAAGCAGAACCCUCAGUUCGGGAACACCCAGCAGAAGACCCUUAUAGGAGCUUGCAGGACCAUGAUCCUACUCAUGGCUCUGAAUUCUAUUUUAUUCCUGGUAAUUUUGCGUUCAAUGCUACCCCCAUAUAAUGUGGAAACUAUAUGGCAAACUGUGAUGUUUUCAUGCGUCAUGUUAAACCCCUCAGGUCAAGCCGUUGUUCUGAUCUUUGGAAAUUCCAAGUUACUCAGUGCCUGGACGAAAACCUUAGUUCCCCAGGGAUAG